AUGACGCUCAGCAGGCGGUUUCUCAUAUUGGGGACGAUAUGCCUGCUGUACGAUGCAGCGACGGCUCAAUCCCCUGGUGCUAUGCUUGCAAACGCGCCGAAAUGUGCUAUCGAUUGCCUUACCGAGCUUCUGAGCAAGAAAGAAUUUGCGGAGAUGGGACAGGAGGCGACGUGUAGUAACAAGCCGUUUGCCAAAGCGAUGGGUGUCUGCUUGAUGGUGAAGUGCUCUAUGAGACAGACCAUGGACUUCAUCAAAGAGUCGUCGGCUGCAUGCGGGAUCCCACCGACCAACAAUACGACGUCGUAUCGAGUAAACAGUACAGUCGUGUUUGCAUUUGCACUCGUCUUCUUCGCUUUGAGGAUAGUGACUAAAGUUCGGCUUGGCCUCACGUGGGGGAUCGACGAUACCCUGACCACAUUAUCGGUAGCAGUUAUGAUUCCGUAUUAUAUUGUGCUGCAGAUCAUGCUUGCUUUGGGACUUGGUCUUGACAUGUGGUUUAUAACCGAUAGCCAGAUCAUACUCAUUUUCAAGUUAUUCAUCGUCAUCGAAGUCUUGUACCUAACAGCACUAGUCCUCGUCAAAGCAGCAAUCCUGUGCUUCUUCCUCCGGAUCUUCCCCGACCACAAGUUCAGGAUUGUAGUCAAAUGCACCAUGGUCUUUAACGCUCUGAUAUGGGUAGGAUUCUUCAUCUUCGUCUUCUUCCAGAUCCAGCCGUUUUCGCUGUUCUGGAAUGGAUGGCAGCAGAAGAAGGGCCAUCUUAUUCUGACCGGGUUCACUAAUUUCACUCUGCCGCUUGCGGGGAUAAAUCUGGUGCUGGAUGUCUGGAUGCUCAUUCUGCCCAUGACGCAGCUCUGGGGAAUGGGAUUGAAGCUCAAAAAGAAGCUCGGUGUCAUUAGCAUGUUCAGUGUUGGGAUAUUUCUUACAAUUGUCGCUGCGAUUCGAGUACGCGAACUUGUAGCUUUUCUACUCUCUCAGGACUUAACAGUCGCCCAUGCACAAUCAGCCUUCAUCUGGUCAAACGUGGAGAUUUCGGUCGGCGUCAUGGUCGCUUGCAUGCCGCACAUUCGACAUCUGGGCAUUGACAUGAAUGUCAUCGAGAUGACAGCCAUGAUCGACUAG